UACAUUUUCAUAGAGCUCAUAAAAGUUUUACAUAUGGGCCAUGGUGCUUCUGGGCUGGGCCUGGACAGGGAUCAGGGGCCUUUCUGAAGGGCAGGGAGAGAGAAUAAAAUCCUCACUGAGAAAGGAGAGAACGUUUAUUAGUAGAGGGAGGUGGGCCAGAAACACAGACACAAGCACACCCACACGACACACCCCGCCCUUUCCCCCAGCUAGCUUCCUGCUCUGCUAGGACAGAACAGCAAGAGAAAGAACGGGGAGGAGAAAAGAGGAGCGAGAAGGAGCACAGAAGAGAGGAGAGAAAAAGGAGAAAAUAGACGACCACAGAGAAGUGAAACUUUGGAUUCAGUGCUUCGAAAAAGGAGUCAAGGCUACUGUAACAAGGUCUCCCUGUGGUCUGCUACCUUCCCACAUUCACUGCUCACUAGCAUAUAAAGAGCUCCCUUGGGAGUGUGAAAGGAGUCAAGGGAAGAGAAGGAAGUGCUUUUGGUAGUGUCUCUUCCUCAGGUCAGGGAGAGAAAGGCAAGGAAUAGAUUCAAAAGAGGCUUACAGAUCGUUCCUUGGGAUGAAGAGAGAAGGCAAGAGGACAUGGCUGGUACUGGCUCCAGAAGGCUAUCUCUGAUCUCUAUUCCCCCAGCAGCCCAGCCUUCUCCCAUUGCCUGCCAUCACCAUCCACAUCACCAUGUGGGUAGAGACACAUUGGAGAGGCAUUCGCCAAGCUUUGUUGUUUGUCUUCACCGCUGCACUUCUCAUUGGGGUCAUCAUGCUGGCUAUCUCCUCUAACAUCAACCCAGUUGGAUUCUUCUUCCUGGGGGUGGGGGGCGUGUGCCUGAUUGGCUACCUGCUGAGUGUGUUUGUGGAAUGCUUCCUGAAGCAUCGGCACCAACAGGAUACAAAUCAGGCAGCCACAAGGAGACAGAGCCAGGCAGGGGUGAAUGCUGCCUAUGAAGCACCAGCCUAUGAGGAGGUGGUGACAAUGACACCAGCCCCAGCAGUCUGGACGAUCACCUCCACUUCAGGCACAGUGCCCUCAACAGUGGGGGAGCCACCACCAUACAGUGUGGUCAUUGAGCCGCCCAGUAUGGCAGAAACUGGGGCGGAGACCUUCAGCGUUUCAGUGGCAUCAGGCAUCAGGCGUGCCUCUGAGGCAGACGCAGGCUCCAGGCUGCAUCUUAGGUUGGUGCUGCCCCCCAGGAUGCAGCGCUUUGUCUCAGAUAUCCAUGACGUCAAAGGUGCUGAAGAGAGGCUGGAGCGGCUGGAGCCACUCACCCCACCACCUGCUUAUGAGAGUCCCACUGAUGAUGAUGUCUUUGCAGAAGCUUUCCAACCCUCAAGACAAUGAUUAAACAGACAGCGCCUGCUUGUUAUGGAUGAGGUACAAAACCCAUCUAGUGCCACCACAAACUGGAGAAAAGAGCUCAGUGCUGCGGUCCAUGUCAUGGGAGCACCAAGGAGUCCACAAUAGAGGAUGUGGGGCAAAGAUGGAACACUGAGCCCAGGGCUGUAGUCUGUAAGUGUGAAGAGGACAGUGCACAAAAGACCCCUGACCCUACACAUAGUACACUCUGUACCUCUCCACACACACUGCUCAUUCUCUCCUGCACCCCCUACAUACACUACUCACUACCUGCUCCAACACCACCUGCUAUUUCCUACACAUAUACACACACUAUCCAUUACCUCCCUACAUGGACAAACUACUUACUAUCCCCUUCAUGAACACACACUGACUCCCUCUCUCAUACACAUACUCACAUUAUCUGCUACUCCCUGCACAAACACUCUUAAUACUUCCUACACACAUAUAUGUAUUGUGUACUUCUCCCCGCACACAUGAAUGUCCACCCACUUACCUACUAUCCUCAAACACACACAUAUUUGCCAAUGUCCUGGAUCAUUCCUUAGAUUUCAUGCUGUCUUGGCAUCUUCCUCAGAAAUGAAGUUUUGGGUUUUUCCAGAAACAAUACAUUAACUGAUGGCCUGUGAGUUAGAAACUAUCCCUUAAAGUGGAUUGUUCAGAACCAGGGUCGUCUUAGAUGAUAAACAGAAAUGAGUGACUACUCACCAGCAGAUACCAAAGACAUCCACAGCCUUGUAGAGACAACCCUACAUUUUAUAGGGUCCUACAUUACUUAAUAAGUGUGAGGCCCCAUCCAACUCCCUCUGCAUGCCCACAAAGUCCCUGUCUGUCUGCAUCCCCUUCUGAAAAGCUAUUUAUGGGGCCACACAGCUUUUUUUUUUUUUGCCUUCUCUCCAUGGAGCCAAAAGAUGGAGAAGAAACAACUGUCUUAGAGGAAGCUGGGAGAAGGAAUGAAGGGAGUUAACUGUCUGCCAUGAACUGCUGGGACCAGAAUCAGAUGGGUCUGAUGUGGAACUGAUUGCAAAAAGUAUACUGGAGCCACUGAAGGCCAGAGCCCAGUGCAGCUGCAUCAGUUGCAGGAGCCCAAGUUGCCCUGCAUCCUUGGAGAAUAACCAAAAUCUAGGUUCCAACUUACUACAGUCUUGCAUUUAUAUAUUUUUUUAACUUGUAUUUUUUAGUGCUGUUGAUUUACGAUUUUUAAAAAAUACAAUUAAGUGUGU